UGUUUACAAUAUUGCCGAGGAAAACGCUGCCGCCCCAUUUACAAAGUGUUAUAUGAAAGACAAUGUACUAAGGUGACAUUUCGAAGCGAAACGUUGUGCCUUGUACAUCUGAGCGUGUUAUACUUUUUACUAGGUGUUACUUUGGGAAAGUUUUAUAAUACUUUCUGCAACUUUUUGAAAAUUGUUAAAGGCAACUAGUGAAAAUGGUUCAGAAACUAGAAGUUGUGAAACCCAACGUUAGUCGACUGCGAUCGGUAUUAUCACAGGUUAUAGCAUGUCUAUCAUUGAAUGUGAUGCUACUCGGUUUAGCUUUGGCUGUUGGCUUCCCAACAAUACUCACUCCGGAACUAUUGAACUCCAACAAUGAACUAUCGCUGACCGACUCGCAAGCUUCAUGGUUGGGCAGUAUGGGCUUCCUCACGCAACCGUUCGGCGCGGUUCUCUCCGGCUCCUUGAUAGACUACUUCGGCAGGAAGAAGUCCACAUUCAUGGUGAACUUCCCCCAUAUAGUGGCCUGGAUCCUGGUCUACUUCUCUUCGAGCGUACCCAUGUUGUUUAUCGCUAAUGGCUUACUGGGAUUUGGAACUGGACUAAUGGAGGCGCCCCUCAAUGCAUACAUUGGGGAGAUCACAGAACCUUCAAUUCGGGGAAUACUAUCCAGCAGCACACAGCUGUACUACAGUGGUGGAACUCUUCUAAUCUAUUUCUUAGGUAAAAUUAUAACCUGGCGCGAAGCGGCGCUGGUCAGCUUGGGAGCGCCGAUUGUGACAAUGAUGCUUAUAAUUUGGGUUCCAGAAACUCCAGUGUGGCUGUUAUCACAAGGACGGGAGAAGGAGGCUCUGAAGUCUCUCUGCUUCCUCCGCGGUUGGACGAAACCAGAAAAUGUACGCGAGGAAUUUGAUCAGCUUACAAUCUACUGUAAACAACUUCAACGAUGCGUUAUCUGCUGUAAAACUGAGGAUGAUAGAAUUUUCGACUGCGAACAUACAAAAGUCAACUUUAUAAAAAGGAUCUACUUAAAAUUUAGAUACGUACUGAUGGCCAAAGAGACCCUGAGACCGUUCACUAUGUUGAUGAUGUAUUUCAUGUUCGUAUGCAUGACCGGACUGGGGCCUAUCAGACCGAAUAUGAUCAACAUCUGCGGAGCCUUCGGCAUGGCUUACGAUGGAAAAAACAUAGCGGUCAUGGUCGGCAUUAUAUCCUUCGUUACCAGUGGCCUCCUGGUCUUAUUGAUAAGGAUUCUUGGCAAGCGAAAAUUGGGGAUCUCCUCAAUGUUCAGUACUGGCUUGAUGUGCAUGGCCCUCAGCAUUUACGCUGGAAAUAACUUAGAGGCAUCCGUGUUCUCGUUUGACAUUAGUACAUUCCCUAAGGAAAGCAGUUAUAUACCUCUAGUGCUACUUUAUGUCCUAACGUUUUGUGCUGGGUUUGCUACGAGUAUGCCUUGGAUACUUCUCGGUGAAGUGUUUCCGUUUAGGAGUCGUGCAUUCGCACAGGGAGUGUUAGCGGCCAGCGCCUACGUCUUCAUGUUCAUCGGAUCUAAAACCUUCCUUAAUUUUGAGAGAGGCCUCAAGCUCUCCGGUGCCUUCGCCAUCUACGCUGCCUUCGGCUACGCUGGUGCCUUUUACCUUUACUUUUUCCUCCCAGAAACUGAAGGCAAGACCUUGCAAGAAAUCGAGCCAUACUUCAGCGGCAAAUUUAAAACCUUCGCUGAUGACCCCUUUAUUAACUUUUUCAAACUGCUCAAGAUUAAAUAAAAAUACUGAAGUAAAAAAAAAUACAUCAUUUAAUUUAGAGGAGACUAGUUUUUAAAUAGAUACUCUCUACAUUGUCUUAAAAAGGCUAUCCCAAAUAAAUUAUACGUUCAUGAGAUUCAUGUUUUAUAUACACUAAAGAGCAAUGAAAAUAGGUUUGUGUAAUUCCAAUAUAUGUUUUAAACUUUGAUUAUGAAAGGUUCUAAAAUAUAUAUGAAGAUAUUGAGAUUAGAAAUUCACUUAGAAUGUAAUAUAUAUUAUCUUAAAUUUUUUCUGGAAUAUACCUUAUAUACCUUGUUUCAUUUCUCCCAAGUGAACUUAAUUUAUUUCAUACGAAUAAUAUUUUAUCGUAGGUGCAAAUAAAUACUUAACAAAGAGCCGAAUUUAGAAUGCGAUCUUCUGAUUCUUUAACGGCAUUUUCGUAAGACCUUCACGUUAGUACAGUGUUACCAACUUCCGAAAAUAUUUACUCCUUAAGCUAAAGUAAAAAGCAACUCGAAAAACUCCUUAGUUAACUCGCCCACCCGAAGAGCAAUGUGCUAAAAAGGCACCGUCAAAUAUUAUUUAAAUUGAGAGAAAAACUGAUUUAUAGAAAUUUAUUGAAAACCCCAAAAACAAUAAUAUUAAUGAAUUUAGUUUAUUUAUAAACCUCGCAUUAAUCAUUAUAAAUUUGACCCGAAAUUUGGAGAAAGCCCUCUAAACUUAGGUUGGUAACACUGCUAUAAUUCAAAAUUUAAGCCUUCAACGUUACCUCUUGGCCAUUUUUCAAUAUGUUUAUUCAUUCUGCUAACAAGAUAAAUUUCAGUUUAAUAAAGGUCUUACACCUGACAUGAGAAAGGAAAUUCUCAUUUAUUCAAGAUUUAUACUACACAUAAUGCUCACAAAUGACAUACCUAUCUUAGAAAAUAUAAGUAUCUAUACUAAUUACUUAUUAGUUCUAAAUUAUAAAUAUACUUAGAUGAAAAAAAUCUCCAUAAACAUAUCGUCAGCGUUUUUGAUAUUGGUAUUGUAGAAAUAUAUUUAUUUUUAGACGGAAUUUUAACAAGCUAUGAGCAAAUUCGUUACUAUGAACAUUAACAUAAUGUUAAAAAUACUUUGUACCCAUUGUAUCAUUAUCAUAUAAAUAAAUCUUACAUUCACAUUUGAUUAUAUAUUCUCACAUCAUGUAUUGUAAACUUUAGCAUUUAAAUAAAAAAGAAACUAAUUCGUAAAAGUAACGCAUAUUACUCGUGAAUUGUUCAUGUUCGCCAUAAAAUAUUUCACCAAUGCAAUGCACAUUUCAGAAAAAUAGGUACCAAAAUUCUUUUAAGACACAGGAUCCUCGAUCUUGGCCAUAAAUAAUGGGACAGAUGCUGUAUUAUCCCAUAAAACAGCUAAGAAAGGUCUGUUAGCUCUAAAUAUCACUGAAGGGUCAUCAUAGGAUAAAGCCACAACCCCGAAAGAGGUUGCUGCUGCCGCUACGCCUCCUUGUUCGUCUAUAGAUAACAAAGCUGAAUGUAAUGCUGAUGAAACUUGCGGUGAAAAUUCACGGUAAACUCCGAUUCCAGACAGCUCAGCUCGAGGGCCAAACAUAUCCGUAAUACCGAGCUGAAACAAACAGAAACGAUUAAGGUUAUAAGAAUUAAAACAUUCAUGUUACAUUUCAUGAAUUUUAAAGUGAAAGGAUAUGUAUGUAUUGUACAAUUGCGUUUUAU